AGGGAACGGAGCGGCUUGCUUUGAUGCCCGGCCGGGAGGGAGCACAUCCCUGCCGGUGGGGUACCUGCUGCCUGCCUGCCUGCCUGCGCGGCUGGACCAAGAAGGAGGCAGCAGGCAAACCUCAGGGAGCAGGAGCGCUAGAUUGGGGCUCCGAGCUCAGAGAGCGGUGCCGCCGCCAGGGCCACCCUUCAACCUGGGGUCCCUCGGUCCGCCGCAACUGACGCGCAAGAAAUUCAGGACUGACGACCAGAGAGAGUUCUUCCUCUCACCGCGUGUACGGAACACCCUGCCACAAGAUGCAGGGAUGGGUCCGAGCUGAGACGGCUUUAAAAGCGCAUUAGGCAGAUUCGUGGAGGAGAGGCCCUUCCACCAGCAUUAGUCACGAUGGCUUUGUCAGGGAACCUCCCUGCUCAUCAGCAGUCUACCUCUGAACGCCAAGUGCUACUGCGGCGAAAAGAUGAAUCCACACUGGCUGAGCAUGGCCGGCCUCCUUCCAGCCUGAGCUGAGAAAUCCCGGAUGGAGCCGGAGACUUGUUGCAGGCCGCCGAGAAUAAUCCAUAGCCCCGGUGGUGACGAUGGGGCGGUGGAGCUCUCCCGCCAGAGCCCCGUGGCCUCCUGGGUCUGCGCCAUGCUCUACUGCUUCGGCAGCUACAUCCUGGCUGACCUGCUGCUGGGAGAAGCCCCCCUCGACUGCUUCAGCAACAACGCCAGCCUGCUCCUGGCCACCGCCGUCUGGUACCUGACCUUCUACUGCCCCCUGAACCUCUUCUACAAGUGCGUCAGCUUCCUGCCGGUGAAGCUCAUCUUCGUGGCCAUGAAGGAGGUUGUCCGAGUCCGCAAGAUCGCUGUGGGGGUCCACCACGCCCACCACCAUUACCACCAGGGCUGGCUCGUCAUGGUCACCAUCGGCUUCGUCAAAGGUGCGGGCGUCGCCUUGAUGUCCAACUUUGAGCAGCUGCUCCGCGGCAUCUGGAAGCCGGAAACCAACGAGCUUCUCCACAUGACUUUCCCUUCCAAGGCCAGCCUCUACGGAGCUCUGCUCUUCACCCUGCAGCAGGCCCACUGGCUGCCCGUCUCCAAGGCCAGCCUCAUCUUCUUCUUCACCCUCUUCAUGGUCACUUGCAAGGUGUUCAUGACGGCCACGCACUCCCACGGCUCGCCGUUUGUGCUGGUGGAAGGUGCCCUGUGCCCCAUCCUCUUUGGCUCGGUGCCCAGCGGCCACGACAGCCACCACCCUGAACCUGCCCACCACCACCACCACCACCACCACCCGCCCGGAGGCUCGCCCGAACCCUCCGCCUCGCUGCCGCCGCCUCAGCUGCCGGCCAAAUCGAGGGAGGAGCUGAACGAAGGCACCCGCAAGCGGAAAGCCAAGAAGGCCGAAUGAGGAGGGGGAGGAGGGGUGCCCGCCCGAGUCACAGACCAGCCUGAGUCCCGCCGGGGGGCUGCCCCAGGGCCUGCCGGGGCCCCAGCCCAGUUGCUGCUGCUGCCCUCAGGGGCGUAGCUAUAACUGAGCGAAAGGGUUCAAAGGACACGGGCCCCCAGCUCCAGAGGGCCCUCCAGCUGCAUCCCUCCCUAUUUUCUUCAUUAUCUCCCUCAGUCUGGGGGGCCGCCAGAGAGAGGGGUGAACACGGGCCCCCUCUCCCCUCGCUACGCCCCUGACUGCCCUCCCAGGCUGCUGCUGCCGCUGCCGCCGCCGCCGCCUCUGGGCUCCUUUCCCCUCCCCGCCCCUCCUCAACAGAGGAGCCGCCGCUGCCGCCAGAUCCUCCUGCUGGGGCCUGGCUCCGUCACCUGGGAAGAGGCGCUGUCCGGCUGGCAUGAUGGGGCCAACUCCGGGACCCGGCAGCAGCGAGGAGGAGCGAGGCCCUCCCCCCCCCUCCAUGGCCCUGGCUCCCCCACAGUGUGCCACCCCCUCCUCCGUGGGGGCCGCUCUCCAGCCAGCCCCUCUUUCUGCAAGGCCUCCAGUCCCAGAGGAAGUGCGGCGGGUGGGGGGGGGCUGGCUGUGUGUGCGUGUGCGUGCCGGUGUGUAGCUGCUACUUCUGUGCUGCUCCCCUCCCCAGAGCCAGCUGCAUUUUGCUGGGGGGGAGCCAAGCCAAGCGCCCCCCCCCAAGCCAGUUUCUGUGCAGAGUCCUGUGGGAGGAGACGGAGCCCUGGGGGCUGGGCCAGUCCCUUCCUCCACCGGGGUUGCUUCGGGCUGCUUUGGGGGGAAGGAUGUACCUGCGCCUGGAUUUCCGCCUGCUGCUGCAAGGGCAGAGAGGCCUCUUGGUUUCUUGAGCAGCCCCCUAGGAUGUCCAGCCCUGGGCUUGGGGAAGCAAGCCACGCCUGGACGAGGGGCAACAGGAGGCCGGAGGGGGCUGCUGCGGGGGCGGGAACCCACCUCUGCCUGCCGGCCAAAAGGGUCCCCCGACCGGCACUGCUGCCUUUUCCUGCGGGGUGGGGGCCCAGAACCUGCUUGGGAGGCUAGAACUCACACAGCCCUAGAACAUGUGGACAGCAGAGUCCCUCUGAGCAUGUGCAGAGCGAAAGUCACCACCUAUGCGUGCCCCUGCAUCCCUGGGGCUAGGGAGACCAGACCUUUGGUGACAGAGGAAUCCCUGGGCUGGCUGUGACUGCCCCAGACCGGGAGGAACUGGGGCCUGCCACGGACUGAGGCACAGAUUGGGUCCUGCUUUGCCCAAGCCCUGUUGGCCCUUCUUGGGGGAGCGAAUGGGCCUCCAUGGGCCAGCAAGAGGGCGCCUCGGGCAUCCCCGCCCUCCCUGUCCGCUCCGGGGCGGGUGCACAUUUCCGAGUGGGGGGUCCACACAGCUCAGGCAGCCCUGCAAAAGUGCCUCUCCUCCGACAAUCCCCCCCCCAGCCCCCCGUCCGAUAAACCGCAAGAGCAGCUGUCCUUGUGGGUAUCCGGCUCUUCUCCAAAUAAAGAGUCUCUCUGGA